AUGUCGGGUCAAACUACAGUGGCAUCAGAAUAUUCCGCAGAAGUGCACUCUGUGCCAAUUGAGCAUAGAUUCAACCCAUACUCGGAUAAUGGUGGAACAGUGCUAGGCAUUGCCGGUGAGGAUUUUGCCGUUUUGGCAGGAGACACUAGACAAGUUGAAGGUUAUUCUAUACAAUCGCGAUAUGAGCCAAGGGUGCACAAUGUGGGAGACAACAUCUUGAUGACUGCGAAUGGAUUUGCUGCAGAUGGAGUUGCAUUAAUUGAUCGUUUCAAGCAGUCAUUUAAAUGGUACAAAUUUGAUAAUGAAAACAGGAAACUAGAGAUCAGUUCUGCUGCAAGAUACAUCCAACAUUUGUUAUAUGGGAAACGGUUUUUCCCAUUUUAUGUGAGUACAUUGAUUGCUGGGUUGGAUGAAGAAGGAAAAGGUGCAGUAUACUCUUACGAUCCGGUGGGAAGUUAUGAGAGAGAGCAGUGUAGAGCUGGAGGUGCCGCUGCUAGUUUAAUUAUGCCAUUUUUGGAUAACCAAGUAAACUUUAAGAACCAGUAUGUGCCUGGAACAGAUGGAAAGGAGAAGAAACCAUUAAAGUACUUGAGCUUAGAAGAGGUGAUACAAUUGGUGAGGGAUGCAUUCACAUCAGCUGGAGAGAGACACAUUUAUGUCGGUGACGGAUUGGAAAUCAUGAUUGUCACCAAGGAUGGUGUAAGGACAGAAUACUUUCCUUUAAAGAGAGAUUGA